AAACGUAAAUUAGAAUAGUCAAAGGGGUAUUUACUAAAGAAAGAGAUGAGGAUAAAAAUGAGGUGAGCAGCGAUUAUUAUUAUCUCCCCUGGUGGAAAGUGGGCAGCAAGUGGUAGCAACAAAGCACUUCCCUUUUGAUUCCUUUGCCCCUUUGAUCUUUCAAAUCAAGAUCAAUAAAUCAAGAAACCUCAAGAACCUCUCUCUCUCUGCAAACUCAACAAGAUGGAGGCAACACAGAAACAUAUCAUUCAAGAUGGAUCUUCAAUGUUUUAUCACCAGCCAUCAGUCAAGCAGAUGGACAUCUCUGUUCAGACCUUUGAUUCUUACUGCACACUUGAAUCCUCUUCAGGCACCAAGUCUCAUCCUUGUCCUAACAACAACAUCACUUCUUCCACCACAAGCUUUUCCUCUAACGGAAGUCCCGUUUCUCACUCCAACACCAACAACAACACCUCUCACCUUUCCCCUGACAACAACAACUCUCCUCUAAGCGGAUCUUCCGCUACAAACAACAACGAGACUGAGCUCAGUCUCAUGCUCAAAGACCUGGAGACUGCAAUGAUGGAGCCUGAUUUGGACAACAACAGCUUCAACGGUUAUGAGUUUGGACAACAACAGCAACACCAACACAGAGCUGCUUCUUCAGCUAUGUACAGAUCCAUGGAGAUGAUCUCCAGAGGAGACUUGAAAGGAACGCUCUACGAAUGCGCCAAAGCAGUUGAGAACUGCGACGUGGCGAUGACUGAUUGGUUAAUCUCUCAGCUACAGCAAAUGGUCUCUGUCUCUGGAGAGCCUGUUCAGCGCUUAGGAGCGUAUAUGCUCGAAGGUCUUGUCGCUAGGCUAGCUUCUUCUGGUAGCUCAAUCUACAAAGCUUUGAGAUGCAAAGACCCAACAGGUCCUGAGCUUCUUACCUACAUGCACAUCUUGUACGAGGCUUGUCCUUACUUCAAGUUCGGUUACGAAUCUGCUAACGGAGCUAUAGCUGAAGCUGUGAAGAACGAGAGCUUUGUGCAUAUUAUAGAUUUUCAAAUCUCGCAAGGAGGUCAGUGGGUGAGUUUGAUCCGUGCACUUGGCGCUCGUCCUGGUGGACCUCCGAGGGUGAGGAUCACUGGGAUUGAUGAUCCUAGAUCCUCGUUUGCUAGACAAGGAGGGCUUGAGUUAGUUGGACAGAGGCUAGGGAAGCUCGCUGAGAUGUGCGGUGUGCCGUUUGAGUUCCACGGAGCUGCCUUGUGCUGCACGGAAGUUGAGAUAGAGAAGCUUGGAGUUAGAAACGGUGAAGCCUUAGCUGUUAACUUCCCUCUUGUGCUUCACCACAUGCCUGAUGAGAGUGUGACCGUGGAGAAUCACAGAGACAGGCUGCUGAGGCUUGUCAAGCGUUUGUCUCCCAACGUGGUGACUCUGGUUGAGCAAGAAGCGAACACCAACACUGCCCCGUUUCUUCCCAGGUUUGUGGAGACGAUGAACCAUUACCUGGCGGUUUUUGAGUCCAUAGAUGUGAAGCUCGCUAGGGACCACAAGGAGAGGAUCAACGUGGAGCAGCAUUGCUUGGCUAGGGAGGUUGUGAAUCUGAUAGCUUGUGAAGGGGUUGAAAGAGAGGAGAGGCAUGAGCCGUUAGGGAAGUGGAGGUCGAGGUUUCACAUGGCGGGUUUCAAGCCUUAUCCGUUGAGCUCUUAUGUGAAUGCGACGAUCAAAGGGUUGCUUGAGAGCUAUUCGGAGAAGUACACACUUGAGGAGAGGGAUGGAGCUUUGUAUUUAGGGUGGAAGAAUCAGCCUCUUAUCACUUCUUGUGCUUGGAGGUAACUUAUGCUUGAUCUGCAAGAGGAGUUUAGAUAAUGUUUACAGUUCGUUGAUUCUGUUUUGUAAAAGUAAAAGAAACUUAUGAACCGAUAAAACAUUUGUCAAAUGUUGUAAUAGUAGUAGUAGUAGUAAGGUUGGUGUUGGUGUUUAAAUAUUAUGUUUUUAUUUUCACAAGAAACUAUGAUUUGACAAAACUUUAUAGCACUCUGUUGUUAUGUUUUAAUGUGAUAAAUGAUGAGAUUUUCUUC